AUGCCAUUCUCCGACGCCACUGUCCAAAGCCUAAAGAAGAUUCUGGGCAACGCCGUCAACUUGGAAAAUGGCGGCGUCCCUGGCAUCAGCGCCGUCGUCUUUGACAAGGCCGGCAACGAGCUUCUCGUCCACUCCGCCGGCACUGUCGGAGCGUCCUCCACCGAGCCUCUGACGCCCGAGCAUGUCUUUUGGAUAGCUUCGUGCACCAAGAUUGUUACGGCCCUCAGCGUCAUGCAGCUCGUCGAGCGCGGCAGCCUGUCGAUCGACGACAGCGAGCAGCUCGAGACUCUCUGCCCGGAGCUCAAGGACGUGCAGGUCUUGCGCGACGACGGCACGCUGGAGCCGAAGCGGAAGAGCAUCACAAUGCGGAUGCUCUUGACGCACACGUCGGGGUUCGGGUACUCGUUCUUUAGCGAGAAGCUGCGCAACUAUCAUUACCCCGCAGGCAUUGAUGAGUUUUCUGGCCGAGUCGAGGACGUCAAGAUGCCUCUCCUCUUUCAGCCUGGAGAGGGCUGGCAAUAUGGGGCAAGUCAUUACGAGGAGGCAGUUGGCGUCGACUGGGCAGGCAUUGCCCUGGAACGUUUCACUGGCGUCUCCCUGGACGAGUACAUCCAGACUCAUAUUUGCAAGCCACUGGGCCUAGGGAGCGUAAAGUUUGUCUUGACGCCGGAAAUGAAGGCCAAAGUUGUGCACAUGCAUUAUCGUGACCCUAGUGGCGUAGUUCACCCACGCGACCACCUGUACCGCCAAGCACUCGUGGUGGAAACCAAAGAAGAACAAGCCAAGCUCUUCAACAGCGGAGGUGCCGGCCUAUUCGCCAAGCCGCAAGAGUACUGCCGCAUCCUCGCCGCGCUCCUCAACGACGGCACAUGCCCCACCACCGGCGUCCAGCUCGUGUCAACAAGCACCGUAGCCGACAUGUUUACGAACCAGAUUCCGCAGUUUCCGCAGUUUGGCCAGCAGGGCAUCGUGGCGUCCAAGCCCGAGCUCACCAACUCUCUGCCUGCCCUCUACCCGACCGCGGCCGACGACGACGCGACGCAGGGCUGGGGGCUCUCGCUCAUGCUCAACGGCGGCGCUACGGGUCGCUCCCCGGCGACGGGGUGGUGGGCGGGCAUUGCGAACCUCUUUUGGUGGGUUGAUCGGGAGCGCGGCGUCGGCGGCAUGGUGUGCGCGCAGGUGCUCCCGUUUGGCGACGCCAAGGUCAUGGAGACGUGGUUCGCGCUGGAGACGGCAGUCUAUGCGGCGCUGCAAGAGGCCAAGUAA